AUGUCCUCUCCAAUGGACGCUGGAGUCUGUCGUCGGUUUCCCAGAUCUCGCCCUCGCGCGUCUGCCCACCACGACGAACAAGACGCGCUGCCUCCUUUCACAACUCUGAACACUCAACUGAACUCUUCUUCACAACUGCACACUUCUUCCUCUUCCUCUUCCUCUUCUUCUUCCUCUUCUUUCUCUUCUUCUUUGCGUGUGGGGAUUUUGGCGGCGGGCUGCGAGCCUGUUUUGUCUUUGCAUCUUUUCGAUCCGCCCGAGGUCUUUGCGCAUGCGACGCCUGCGGGUCAUCUUCUGUUGGAGAGAGAAAGAGGGAAAGGCCGAGCUCUAGGAACGCGGAGUCUCCGGCCUGUGCGCCUCCUCACCUCCGCGGCCGCGUACGUCUCCCAAGGCCUCUCGUCGCUGCUGGGAAUCUCAGACUCGCCGAAAGAAAAUCUCUCUGGCGUUCUGAGAGCGCAGAGAGAAGGAAGGCGAGAGGGUGGGAUUGGCGACAGGAGCCCAAGUCCAAGCGCGCAAAGAAGCGAGAACGGGGACGAGACGCAGGCAGUUGCGGCGCCUGGCCUCUCAGCGCAGAUCGUCGAUGACGGAAGACGCGUCGGGUCCUCUCUCUCCGUUUGCCCGUGGAACGACUGCAUCGCGGCUCUGACAGACAGCACUGGAAGAAUCUCCCUGGUGAACACAUCCUCGCUGGAAAUUCUCUACAUGUGGAAAGGCUACCGCGAAGCACAGGUCGCCUGGCUCCGCUGCUUCUGUCCUUCUCACUCGCACUUCUCUUCCUCGAAUCCUUCGAAGUCUUGGAAUUCUUUUUCGGUUUCUUCCUCUCCUGUGGCGCGAGGCGGAGAAGUCCGCCCUGGUGACCCUCAUGGCGGCUUGGUCAUCUACGCCCCGAGACGAGAUCUCGUGGAGCUCUGGGCAGUAGCGCCGCUGGGCGACUCUUUGCCCCGGCGCGUCGCGAUUCUUCUCUCCGGCGCCGCCUUCGCCCCUCAGCCCACCGCUCGCCGGCUCGUGGGUCACGCUGGGCGAGUUCUCCUCGUUGACGCCAGCGGGCGUGUGACUGCUCUCGCAUGGCCGCAGCCGCGUUUCCUCGGCGAGAAACUCGUCGCCUUCCUCGCGCGAAAAACAAAAGACCUCCAAAACCCCGCGAAAACCUGCUGCGAAGCGAACCUCCCCCCCUCUUGA